AUUGUCGAUUAGGCAUACAUCAUUCAACUUUACUCAAAUCACAAGUUAUAAAUCGUCAUAAAUUGUGUUCUACUCCUAGAAACUGUCAAUGUGUUUCAUAUACCAGAAGGAAUAUUUAUUCACUAUAUAAUCGCUUUAUUAAUUAAAUACAUUUGAAGAGGACCAAACAUAGAAAUUAAAAAGUUAAAACAGCUGGAAAAACAUAAACGUUUUGAACAUACUGGAUAAUAAUUACAUAAAUUAAAAGAAGAGUAUAGUAAUUUGAAGAAACUCUUCUAGCACGUGAAGAUUUUGACAGAGGUUUGAAGCUUGACAGCACUGCGACUCACGUGAUCUAAUUAUUUUAGUUGGUAUCGUUGGUAUUGCUGAGGCCCCUUAAUUGUCGUAUGGCGGCAGAAGAGUCAAACCAAAGAAUAAAAUGUCCCAUGAAAGUAGUGAUGACAGUAUGGAAAAGAAUAGAAGGAAGAGUCUACCAUUGAAGACUGAAUACACAAAUGCAGAUCGUUCGAAAUAUUUCGACCAAUUGGAAACAUGGCUGCAAGAAAUAUAUGCGUGGCAAGGAGUCAUCUCCAUGUUCCCUCAUUACUUGAUAUCCAGUCAAAUGUUACAUCCCUCAGGUAUUUCCAUCUGUACCUCCUCGCGUCCACAGUCCAGUUCAGGAGCAAGAACGCUGCCCCAAGUUCGACAAAAUAAUGAAUCAUUGCGGCAAAGAAGACAGGAGGCUCCAGCUGAGCCACCGCAGCCACCCGACAUUCAAGGUGUGGAAUAUCGAAUACCGCCGAUUUGGAAGCGGUUGGCAGCCGAAUCUAUUGAUUCCAUAAUGCUAUUCCUCUUGAAAUUGUCCAUUACAUUUAUCGCAGUUGAUGUUUUCGACUUCAUAAACAUAGAACCAUAUGAUUUUGACUUGCUACAGAGAAAUUUGAGAAUUGAUUACAAAAUGGCUGUAGAAUUAACUUCUGGUAUUUUAAUAUUAGAACUGGUGCAUCGACUGAUCGUUUGUAUAUUUGAGGCAUUUUGGCUGCGACGAGGACUGUAUGGACACGUGGGUGGUGCAACACCUGGUAAAUCAGUGAUGGGUUUACGAGUUGUACAGUGCCGCAGUGUAUCCGCCGUUGAGCGACCAGAUGGUGGAGAAUUGGUGCUUGUGUCUCCUGGGACAGAUCUUGGACUACCACUCGCUGUCGGUCGUUCCGUAGUGAAAAAUUUAAUCCUAGCAUUUCUUUUUCCCAUCUGUUUCACCCUGUUCUUCUUCAGGUUUAAUCGAACUGGGUAUGACAUAGUGUGUAACUCGAUUGUGGUCGAGGAUCCUCACAGAAACCGAAACAAUAAUGUGCGCAGAUUUCCUCAGCAAUAACUCGAGACAAUUUCUAACAUGAAAAGGGGCAAAUGUCUCAGAAAUUGAGAAUGGAGCCCCCCUCAUUAGCAAAUGUUCACUGUCAGUUUUUUCGAUAUAAAUGUACAUACAUACAUACAUACAUAAGCUUAGAAUUAUUAAAAGGAAGGGCUUCUAGUAGCUAGGAGAGCAAUAAUUUUGCGUUAGAAAAGUCAGUCCCUGUACAUUCUUUAAUUUGUUGUAUGAUUAAUGAUAUAGAUGUGAAGUAAAUAAAAGAAACUUUUGUGUAUGA